GGAGCAGCGGCAGGGAUGAGAGCCAACGCGACGACACGCUCCUCAGCGAUGGCCUCGCCUGCACAGUUGUGCCGGUGAUCCUGCCGCCGCACACAGGGAAGAAGCAGAGACGCCGGCCUGACAACCGACCUACAUUGUUCUCCCAAAAACAGUGGAAAAAGACAGAGAGGGGGGCAAAGAGGAAACACACCAGCAUAAACAAAUGCGAACAUGUACAGCGUGGAGGACCUCCUCAUUUCUCAUGGAUAUAAGCUACCUAAGCAUACUACCGCCUCCACCGCCCCGACCCCAACCCCUGCAUCUACAUCGCGCCAGGCGCCCUCUUCCUCACCUCCAUCUUACAAUAAACACCACGAGAGUUUGGGGAGCAGGCCCAGUAGCAGGAUAGUGAACGGCUAUGAAGGAGGCUCGAGAGUGGCAUACGGAAACAACUGUGGAAGCAGGCACCCUCAAGCAUACGUGGCUGGAACUGGCUGCCCCAACAACAACGUCGAACCCAGGGACCGAAGCAAGUCAAGGCAGGAGGGAGAAAUCCACGGCCAAAUUGAAACUCCUUCCUUUGGAGAGUCGCUGACCUCAGACAGUGGGUUCUGUGAUGGCACCAGAGGUCAACAGUCCAAGGAUGUGUCCUUCUGGAGGAGGAGAGGCCAGGACUUUACCGUGCUGCUGGAUUAUGCUGACCACAGAGAGUGCCAUGCAGGGGGAAAUGGGGAAUGUAACAGACCAGAUGUACAUCAACAAGCACGAGGUCAAGAAUUGUCCACUGAAGAGCGUCAGAGAGUAGCCCAGGAGCGGCAACGCUGGGCAGCCCAGGUACAGGCUCGUGCUAAAGAGAGGGAGGCAGCUCUCAAACAUUGGAGGAUGGCCACUGAGAGGAAGUGCCAGAGCCUGGGGACAGAAGAGUGGCGUCCAGCUGUCAGCUUUAGUCGCCAGAUGUCGCAGAGUGAGGGCGAACGUCGGGCGCAGGAGCAGCAGCGGCUCCAUGCCAGGACACCAGAGGGAAUGGUAGUCCACCCCAGGACCAAAGCCAAAUCCCAGUCCAUGCCCAGGAUGCUGCGACCUGAGAGCCUGCAAUAUGUGAACAUGGCAUCAUGUGGUCAGGACUUGUACAGGCGGGUUAACGGCCACCCUAUGUCACACCAUGACCUUUACAGGGCACCCCGCUGGCCGGAGAAUGGCCGGCCAGCAAGUGCCAACCCAUUAUCAUUAACGCCAAAGCCCCGCUUCACUCGACCCCCCAGACCUCCCUCCUAUGAAAUGCACCAGCAGAUCAGGGGAAGCUGUGAGGUGUUGUCUGGGAGAGACUCAGUUCUUUCCCAUACCAGGGACAGGACUCCUCUUCCCAUCACACGAACAGGUGAUGCGCCACUAGACUAUUUUGCACAGGAUUCUGGACCUCCAGGAUACAUCCCUCCCCCAUCAUAUAAGCGAGCCCCCGUGAUUAUAGGAGGGCGCCGGGGAUAUGGUGAGAUUGCAGUUGAUUACAGGUACAGAGGUGAUGUGUACCAGCAGAUACACGUAGCUCCAGAUGGAUCUCAUUGGAUCGCUCGACAUCCAGCAGGUUCUUGGUCUGAGUCAUCCAGAGAGAGAUGCAUUGCAGGCCAGAAGCAGCUCCAUCCUGUUUGUACUUUGCAAGACCAUCCAGGCGGAGGGGUCCAGUAUAUCUCCUUUGAUGACCCCCGCAUACGGCACAUUUCCUCAGCUCUUGGUGGUAAUUCCCUGACAGACGCGGACAAGAUACGUCACAUCCGUAAUGAGUUACCCAGCACCACCGUGUCGGAGCCAGCAUCCGGCAACAGUGCCUUUAUGCCCCCAUCAAAGGGGCCUUUUUUCGCUGCCAAACUGGCUAGUGAUGCUAAUCAGACGUCUUCAUGUGACUUUGACAAUGACAAUAAGAGGUGGCACAGCAAUUUGCACAAAGCGACUGACGAUAACUUCUCAGCAACUGACCAAAAUUGCAACAUAUAUUCCAAAAACCAACGUCCUCCUCCAUCGCCAUCUUCAGCCUUUCAGGCCCCAAUAAGAAGAGCAGCGUCUCGCCAGGGGUCCAGCUUAGAUCAGGUCUUUGCAGAAACCAUCACACAAGUGAAGAAAAUUGCCCCAGAUUCAGGGUUGGAGAAUAACAGAAAUACUAAGAGAAGAGUGAGUGAGACCAUCUUCUGCCUUGUGUCUGUUCCCCUUCACACACCGACUAACCUUAACAAAGAUUUUUCAGCAGAUCAGAACAACAAUGACACAGCACGAAGUCUGACUGUGAACAAUACAGAAACCUUUGCUGUAGGUCUCAAAGAGACCCAUACCCUGCGAAGCAAGUCAGUCAAUGAGAUGCCCAUCAGAGUCCACUACUCACAUUUUCACACCACCAGCACUUCCUCCAUGAGGAAUUACAAGAGGGCUCCUUUAAGGAAGGAGAUCAUAGAUGCCUGGGCACUUCAAGCCAAUGAGGACAAGGACACGUGUUAUUCCGGGUCCUGGCCAGGAAACCAAUACCGUAACCAGGAAACCCAGACUGGCUCACCCUUGACAGUGGUGAAAAGUCCAGAACCCCAAAGCCCACCCGGAAAACAAGAACCUGUCCACUCUGCCUCGGACACGACGACUGAUAGCGGAGUACGAACAGAUAAUGGUUCCUCUUACGGUUAUCCCAUGGCUGGCCAGAAAAACCUCCAUCCCUCUAGUAACAGCGCCUUCUCCCGACUCUGCAACAGCCCAACACCGCAGCAAUCAUUGCAACCUUCUGAACAACACAUAUCCUCCCCAUCCAAACAACCUGAUCCAGGAGACCAGAACCCAUCCUCUCCAAAGGGGAGCACCUCCAGUCCUCCAGAGUGUGCCGAACAUGUGGCCUUUGGUCAGUUUCUCCUAAAGCCAGUCAACCGACGACCAUUUGAUGCCAUUGGUGAGCUGGAAACCAUAAAUAAAGAGAUGGAAGACACAAUCAGCAAGAGGCGUCAUGUUGGUCUGUCAAUUGAUGAUUUAGAUGGUAUGAAUAAAAGAAAUUGCCACUAUAAAUCAGGAACACUUUUCACAACCGGCCUUGGGGCAGGCAGAGAAGCAAUGAGUCUUCCACCCAUACUCACAGAAAAACCUGCUAUCAAAAUAAGAUCAAAAUCCUUUCCUUCUGCCAAUGAUUUGGAAUCCAUGGGCCAACAACAGGCUUUUGCCGGGCCACAGACCAACAUGACAUUAACUGAUAAAGUAUGUUUAAUCCCCACCCCAGGUGGGAGACCAGCUGUUUCCUCACUCUCUCAACACAGUCAUACUAACCUGCUUUAUAGGCAGGAUAUUCCCGUCCCCCAGGAGUCAAUGCUAAGGGAUGUUGGGCUAACAGUCUACACAGAGACUCCUAGUGGUCACGGGGAGACAAUGCAGCGCUCACUCCUGGUUUCUCAUCAACUUGAUCACGAGGACCUGCCAGUGCAGCGUUCAAAUGAGACCAGCACAAGGCAUGUAAAAAAUGGUGGCAGACCAGAGAGCAGUUCUGAUCGAGAGUUUCAAGAUGAAGCAGAAAGUGAGACAAUAGCUCAGAUAGACAAAAUGCCACAAUGCGGGGGUGAGCUGAGUUUGAGCAUUUGUGGAAGCAGGAGCGAAAACUACAAAUUGCCCAAGAGUAAAAGUUCCCCACCCGACACCCAGCUGACCAGGGAGGCUCCCUUUGUGUUCAAGGAUGAUGGGAAUGAGAAAUACAGUGACCCUGAGCCUCUGAAAUACAACACAAAAGAGUCAACAAUAGCAGACGUGCAUCUUGAGACCUUGCUUAUUCACGAGAAAGCCAACGUAUUACCUGCAGAGGACCUCAGCAGCCUGUAUGAAGUUAAAUGUGCAAAGGGAAUACCAGAAAAUGAAUCAAUUGAGCAGAGAGCUGCCAGGAUUUUGGGCAUUAGCGUUCCAAUGCAGACCUUGGGAGUGUCAGAUAAGAGUGAUGAUGCGGAAUCUCCUGUAGCUGAGAAACCACAUGUUCCAGGUGAAGACGAACAGAAUGUGAUCGAAGACCCCGAGGGAGUCGAACAGGAAUCCCUCAUUUUACUGGGAACAGAGAUGGAAGAAGUCAAAGUGUCGAAAUUAGGGGAAGAUCACAAUGAAGGUGGUAGACAAAAGCACAGCAACAAUCACAAUGAUGGGGAACACGCAAUGGUGCUGGACCUGCCUGAAUUUCCACCAUAUACUCUUCCUCUAUCCCUACCCAUCACCCUUGAUGAGAAGCUACCACUAAGGAAAGGAGAAAAGAAGGGCACCACACCACAUCCUUCAAGCACAUUCAUUGAAUCCCUGCAAGAGAAACUAAGCUCUUCUGCUUCCGCAUCUGCUUCAUCUAUGGGCAGGUCAACCACGGACAGACUAGCCCGACUCAAAGAGCUAGACUCAGUGUCUCGAAUUAGACGCCUCAGCCUGAAAGGUUCCAAUUCCAGUAAAGAGUGUAAUUCUGAGGAGAGAGAUGUAGGUAGACAGGAAAACUUCGUCACGGAAGAGCCAAAGGUUGAGGUUGAGGAUAAACAAGAAGAUGAAGAAAGCCUGAAUGCACAGAAUGGAAAGAGGGGAGAGGAGGAUAUGGAUUCUCCAGUUGAGCAUGAAAAUGCAUGUGAAACGCAGGGCAAGAUAGAGUCCCUCAAAGAUUGUCAACCUGGUGAAGACAAUGACGAUAUAUGCAAAGGAGAUGGAAAAUCAGAGGAGGUAGAACAUAAAAAUGUGGAUAUUACACUAAAAGCAAUAAAGGAAGAAGGUAGAGAAAAUGUUGAAGUGAAGACAGAUGAGCCACACGGAAAACUGGAGCUUGGCGUUGAACACAACACAGACAAACAUGAAGCAGCCCAAGUUAGAAGUGAAAUGAAAAACGACGUUAAGAUAGAAAAGUUGCCCAAAGCAAAGCGUCGUACGAAGCUCCAGAAACCUCCACUGCUUCCUAAACCACGAAGCGUUCCCAAAAGAGAAAUAACCCUACCACUCAGUUUCAGCACUGAGUCCUUUGCUUCCUCAAAUAUGGAGCAUGAGGAGAUGCUAAAUGUCUCAGACUCCUACGACCCCAGUCGAGUGGAGCGUGUGUAACCUCUGACUCCGCAGUUUACCACUGUGGAACUCUUUCUUCUUCAAGUUAACAACCUUUUUUUCCAAGAAAAAAAAAAAAAGGCUUUCUUCUUAUCCCACGGCUUCCAGUAUUGUUACAUAUCACCCCAGACAAAUCUGACUUUCCUUUUCCUGGUGCUGCGGAAACAUUUUUACAGCCAAAUAAAAAGGUAGUACCAAUUCAAAGUCAGCUGGGAUAGGCUGCAGCUCACUCAUGACCUGAAUGCAAACAAGCGGUCUUGAAAAUGGACGGAUGGACAGUUCUCCAAGCGUUUUCAACCUGCUCAAUCGAGCCCUUCCCCUCCAGCCACCCUUCAAAUGUUUCUUUGCUACACCAAGUAAACUGCCUUCCUGUGAAAUAUUUUCGUUUUUUGCUUUCGUUACAGUGCAUGUCAUUAUUUCCUUCGGCACUGGACCUUCUGGCGCAGUGUUGAAUUAUGAAUGUAAAAGUGCUUCUGCUCUUCAAAACAAAAAGAAAUGUAACAGGUAAAUUAAAAAAGGCAACAGUAUUGCAUUACAAUCAGUAUUAACCUUCAACAAAUGUAAAUAUGAGAAAAAAGUAUAAAAUUUUAUCCAGACUAUAAAAAUAAAUUUAAGAAAUGUAUAUUUUCUUAUAUAUGUUCAGAAAAUGACAGAUGUUUUUUUAUGUGGUAUUUGAGUGUUACACUAAUAAUGGAACCCUCUUUUCUUUAUUCUUUUACCUGUAUGAUAGCGAAUGUACUCAGCGUCUGGGUUGCAAUGAGAAACACUGUGGUCUUUGAAUAGUUUCACUCAAGAGCAAUAUAAUUGUAUGUUUUUAUUGGUAGGUUUUUGGGAUAUAUUUGAAGUAGUACUGUAUGUCUCCAUUUCAAGGAAGUGAUCUCAUUUAAAUGUCCACGUUAAAGCUUUACAUUUUGGUACAAUUGUGUGAUUUUGCUGUUUUGAGGUUAUUGGCGUUGUGUAAUGAGAACCAAUAAUCUGCUCCAAUUCAGAAAGAUUUUAUUUGGAGCGUGAUUUGUGAAACAGCCCGCUUCACUUUCAGCAUCAGCAUUAGCAAAUGCCACAUACUGUAGAUCAGAAGUGACUGAUUUGAGUGCUACCUUGCCAACCACUAUAAAACCCAUUAAAAAUAUUGUAUAUGCAUUUUUGGACAGUAACAGAGGUCUAUAUUUAACUGCCGUUGUCUAUCUGUGAUUUCAGAAGUGCUUUUCUGCAGGAAAUGAUAAAUAUCAUAAAGGUAUGUUGAAUGAAAGGUGUGCCUUGUACACACUGUUUCUCAAACAUAAACAUUUAAAUGUAUUUAUUUAUUUUUUUUACUCUUGUGAAAAUGGUGAACGUGUUGGCAAAUAUAGUAAUAAUGAAUUGUCCAAUACUUGUUAUUCUGAAUGAAAGUUUUAGCUAAAGUUAGAGGGGGGAAAAGAAGCUAAAUAUACUUGGGGGGAGUCCUAAAGUUAUGAAAAUAAAGUCCUAAUUUUACACACCUAAAAAGAAUAAUUGUGAUAAAUUAUAUCACAUUACAACUUUUUUGUUUUUUUGUUUUUUUGUUUUGUUUUUUUACUUUCAAAUGUCUCAUGUCACAAGUUAAGUUGCAAAAUUAGAAGAAAAAUAUUUCAAGAAUCAAGUACUGGCAGUCAUUUUAACAAGAAAUAUGUAUAAAAUCGCUAUUUUUUCUUUGUGACUACAGAGUUUUAUUUUGACCUUAGACCUAAUUCAUCGUUUUUAUUUUUUUGGUCAAUUUGCGUUCAACCUAAUAUUCCUUCGUAUAUUCUUAAUAAUAAUAUACAGGACAUUGUAAACAUGUUCAAUUAUUUUAUGUUCAAUAUUGUAUCAGUACUUAUUUAACAGGUUUUGAGCAGAACUGACUUUGCUUUCGGGAUAGCAAUACAAAAGACAUUUGGGAAUAUACCAAACCAAACUUUAUACUAUGCAUUGGACAUCAACAUUUACUGGGUUUAAUACCAAAAUUCAAAGCUGCAACUACUGGUUUCCUCAUGACUGGCCUAUGCCAGGUCUUUUUUUUUUUUUUUUCUUUUGUCAGUAAGAUAAUUAUGAUCCAUGAUGUUGUUGGUCCGGUUGUAGAUGUAUGGGAUGUAUGCUUUGGCUGGAGUAAUCGAUGGUAGCUCAAUCCGAGGUUUGUUUUAUCCCUGUUUUUGGCUCAGUACCUGUCCCACCUCGUUCAAGGUCAUGCUCGUUAGUCUUUUGUACUGCAAGUUAUUUGUAACAUAUAGACUGAUUCGUGCACAUCUUGCUUUGAUAUUUUCUAUUUUCAUACAGACGAUAUAUGGAUAGAUUCUUUUUUAUGUGCGGCAUCUUUAGUUGUGUGUGUGUGUGUGUGUGUGUGUGUGUGUGCAUGAUAUGCGUAGCAAGUCACGGAGAAGUGUAUUUGCAUAUACUUGCAUUUGGUACGGUAUAUAGUCAAACCGAUAAACAACUGUUAUAUUUCAAAUAAUGUAUAUUUUAGUUUCAAAAGGUAUUCUACAUAUUUAAAGCAGAACAUGGUAUUUUUAGAUUGUGAAAAGGGAACUAAUUAUAAAAGGCACAAUGUUUGUCUACGUUGAAAUAGAUCAUUUAGAAUGAUCAUAGAGACAAGUGUGUGCUAUUGUACAGUAAUACAGACUUCAUAAA